AUGCCAGCACCUAAGAUUGCUACCGUUCCCCACUUUGGUUUCAUCACUCCCGAGAAACUCGUCCGUGUUGCUCCCUCUGCUGCAGUCUGGGGUGCCGCUGCUGGUGCUGCUGUCCUUUUGCUUGGUAGUGAUAUCCCAAUUAUCAAGCGUGAUAUCCUUUCUAAGGUUCCCUUUGUCGGCAGCUACUGGGCUGUUGCUGCUCCCGCACAGGACGAAGAAUAA